AUGCCACAAUACAAAGCGCCCUUACGUGAUAUGCAAUUCGUACUGCAUGAGCUAUUGAAUGCAGAAGAACACUAUUCUAAAUUGCCUGCAUUUCAGGAAACCGUAAGCCGUGAAUUGGUUGACCAAUAUUUAGAAGCUGCUGCAGAUUUCUGUGAAAACGAAUUGUCUCCAAUCAACCAAAGUGGCGACCGCGAAGGUUGUACUUGGAAUGAUGGCGUUGUUACAACUCCAACUGGCUUUAAAGAAGCGUAUCAAAAAUAUAUCGAACUUGGCUUCCCGUCUCUUUCUGCUGAAGAGCAAUAUGGCGGUCAAGCAUUACCUGUUUCUUUGGGUAACGUGAUUUCAGAAAUGGUCGGUACUGCAAACUGGGCAUGGGGUAUGUACCCAGGUCUUUCUCAUGGUGCAGUUCGUACUUUAGAACAUCACGGUUCAGCUGAACAAAAAGAUGCUUACUUACCAAACCUUGUUUCAGGUGUUUGGACAGGUACGAUGUGCUUAACAGAAUCACACGCUGGUUCUGACUUGGGUAUUAUCCGUACUAAAGCUGAGCCACAAGCUGACGGUAGCUAUGCAAUCACUGGUGAGAAAAUCUUUAUCUCAGCGGGUGAACAUGACAUGGCUGAGAACAUUGUUCACAUUGUACUUGCCCGUCUUCCUGGCGCACCUAAAGGCACCAAAGGCGGCUGGAUUGGCUUAGCGGCUGAUGAAGAAUGGGGCGGUCAAGGCAUGCCAAAAAUGCUGACGGUUCUUGCAGAUGAAAUGCUGUUCGCAACUAAUCCAUCAUUCAUGCUCUACCCGCUUCUUUCUGUCGGUGCAGGUAUGGCGCUGAACAGCUACGCAUCGCAAGAACAAAAAGAAACCUAUUUACCUAAAAUUUACUCAGGCGAAUGGUCUGGGACCAUGUGUUUAACUGAGCCACAUGCAGGUACAGAUUUAGGCAUUAUCAAAACUAAAGCUGAACGUAACGAAGACGGCACCUAUAACAUUACAGGGACCAAAAUCUUUAUUACUGGCGGUGACCACGACUUAGCUGAAAACAUCAUUCACUUGGUUCUAGCGAAAACACCAGAUGCACCUGCGGGUUCACGUGGUAUUUCAUUAUUCAUCGUACCUAAAUUCUUAGUGAAUGCAGAUGGUUCUGUAGGCGAGCGUAAUGCGGCAGGUCCAGGUUCAAUUGAACACAAAAUGGGGAUCAAAGCAUCUGCGACUUGUGUGAUGAACUUUGACGGCGCCAAAGGUUACUUGGUGGGUAAAGAAAAUGAAGGUCUUGCGGCAAUGUUCGUGAUGAUGAACUACGAACGUUUGUCGAUGGGUAUUCAAGGUUUAGGCGCAUCUGAAUUUGCUUACCAAAAUGCGGCACAGUACGCAACAGACCGUCUACAAGGUCGUAGCGCGUCUGGUGUGCAAUCGCCAGCUAAACCUGCAGAUAGCAUUUUAGUUCAUGGUGAUGUGCGUCGUAUGUUGCUGAAUGCACGUGCCAAUAAUGAAGCAUCUCGCGCAUUUGCAGUUUACGUGGGUCAACAACUUGAUAUCACCAAAUUCUCAACAGACCCUGAAGCUGUGAAAGCAGCCAAUGACCGUGUGGCACUGCUAACUCCAAUUGCAAAAGCCUAUUUAACCGACACAGCAUUCCAAGCAACUUUAGAUGCACAAAUGGUCUUCGGUGGUCAUGGUUAUAUUCGUGAAUGGGGCAUGGAGCAAUGUGUACGUGACUUACGUAUUGCACAAAUCUAUGAAGGCACCAACGGCGUUCAGUCUCAAGAUUUAAUCGGUCGUAAAACCAUUAAAUGUGGUGGUGCAUUCAUCGCAGACUACAUUACUGAAAUCCGUGACUUUGCUAACAGCUUAGAUGCGGACCUAAACUUCAUUAAAGAUGCAACACUCGAUGCAGCAACUGAAGUGGAAGAAGUGACCAAGUAUAUCCUUGAACGUGCUGCUGAAAGUGCAGAGUUCCCGAAUGCAGCAGCAGUAGAUUACUUACAUGCAGUCGGCCUACUCAGCUUUGCCUAUAUGUUUGCAAGAAUUGCCAAUGCGGCAAAAGCCAAAGAUGGUGACUUCUAUCAAAACAAACUGGCGCUUGCAGCUUAUUUUGCUCAACGUAUUUUGCCUGAAAUCGACUUACGUAUUGCAAAAGUAAAAGCAGGUGCAGAAGUCAUCAUGAACUUCUCUGAAGACUACUUCACCAACCAAGCUUAA